UGCGGUUGUGUGAAUCGAAACGGGUGAGGCACUUCUAUCUUGCAUUGUAGUGUCAUUGGGUGCUUCCGUUCUGGACCUCUUCUGUGUAGUUCUCGAUACAAAAUGACUUGUAAACGCAGGAACGGUGGACGUGCCAAGCACGGUCGCGGUCAUGUAAAUCCAGUCCGCUGUACCAAUUGUGCUCGCUGUGUCCCCAAGGAUAAGGCCAUCAAGAAGUUUGUCAUUCGUAACAUUGUAGAGGCUGCUGCCGUCAGAGACAUAACCGAGGCCAGCUUUUAUCAAUCAUAUCAGCUUCCCAAGUUAUAUGCUAAACUUCAUUACUGCGUCUCCUGCGCCAUUCACUCCAAAGUGGUGCGGAAUAGAUCCAAGGCGGAUCGUCGUAUAAGAACGCCUCCUGUUCGCAACUUUCCAAGGGAUCUGCGCCAAGGUCAACAGAACAGGAAAUAAUUUUAUUAUGUAAAGUUAAUUUUUCGAUAUAAAUGAAAAAUUUUAAAACCAA